AUGCAGUUUACGCCACAACAACUUGUUGGCGCAGGGCGCUAUGCACCCAAAACUCACGUCGGCAAUUGGAAUGAAGACCGAAUGCUCGAAGAGGCUCGAAUGAAGGAGUUUGCGCUGCGUAAAGGACAAGGCUCGUUGCUGGUCACACACACAUUAAAAAUGGCUUUUUUAAACGAGAAAGCGCCGCGCUCACUCGAUUCAGAAGGCCUUAUCCGUUUUAAUCAUGUUGUGGCUUUACAUCACAUUGAGUCCGACACAGUUUUGGCGUGUAAUACUUUCGAAGAGACCCCUUCAAUUGGCAGUAACGAGUAUCUCGUCACUGCCAUGUCUUCGACUGCUUGUCUCAGUCGAAACUCAUUUCGUCUAAUAUCCCCACAGACGUGGAAAGUGGCAAUAGCCUGUGGAAACUUCUCCCUUGACGCCCCCAGCGAACCUUUGCACUACGACGAGCCAUAUCUUAUCAUGUGCAAUGAGAGUUUACUUGUAGACGACAAGAGCAUUUUUUUGAAAUCACCUCUUUUCCUUAUGUCUGGUUUAAAGACUGAUCGAUCGAUGAGCCCAAUCACGUACAAGCAGCGUGUGUGGCUAAGUGCAGAUGCGGACAGUGGUGCACUGUGGAGUUGUGCUCGGGCUGACUUGGCAGGAACAGAUAAAUAUCUCGCUGGCGGCCAGCAAAUCAUGUCUGGUGACCGAAUUACCGUCGUGCACAAAAUGACCGGACAGGCUUUACUUACAUCUAGUGGCAGCAAGCAGCGUACAGACUUUGGUAUUGAGCUUGAGGUUUCCGCUUAUUCUGCCAGAGAAGCUGGCAAGCGACACCAUCUCGCAGCCGAAAUUGAGGGCACACGUACGCCUGAUAAUGAAGGUAACCGCAAUAUGGCCUCGAAUAUCUGGACGUUCGAGCUUGCUAAGUCGACUGACGAAGCUCGAGAUGAGCGCAAGUUGCCCCGAUUUGCUAAUUUAAGUUCUGUGAUUGAUGUCCUUCACAGCUGUCUAGGGGCAGACCACUUGUAUGCAUUUCGAGAAUUGAUUGUCGCUUUCACCCGAAUUAAUACAAAGGGAACGGGACAUCUUGAUCAUGAAGUGGCUAAAUGGGUGAUUCGCCAGCAAAUAAAAAAUCUUCCAUUGCGCGAUGAACAUCUAUCCUUGCUUUUCGAUCACUUUGACAAGCAAAAGACUGGCUACUUCCCGCUAACUGAUCUACUUCAGGCGUUGCGUGCUCCGGUUAUCGGAAACCGCAAAGUGCUUAUCAGUGCAACCUUUGAUCGGCUGCAACAAAAAGCGCCUGAUAAAAGGCUCACGCUUGCUUCUAUAUGCGCGGCCUACAAUCCCUCUAUCGACUCGCGAGUCGGACCGCAACAAUUACAGCCCAGCGAUGCAGUUGCAGCGUACAGAAAUUUGUGGCCGAAUCAGAAUACGAGUGCGGAAAUAUCGUGCUGUGACUUUAUCGAGGUGUACUCAGAUAUAUCUCGAGUUGUGGCUCACGACAAUCACUUUGAGCAACUUCUUGCUGAGAGUUGGGUUAAAUAA